GCAUCCCUUGCCCACAGGGAACCACCGACCACGACCGAGAUGGCACCACCGCCUGCAUGGCGUGCCCGUUUGCCAUCACCAACACCACCGCCAACGCUGGGCCCUGCGAGGAGCUGCAGUGUGCCCCGGGCACGUCGGGAUCCCAGAGCUGCCAGCCGUGUGCGCCACCCUCACACUACCAGCCGCUUGGUGGCCAGACCAUGUGCCUCAACACAACACUGUGCCGCCCGGGCUUUGUCGAGGAGCAGCCGCCAACGCCGACAACCGACCGCGUUUGUGUCGCGUGUGGACAUGGCACGUUCAGCAACGUCACCGCGGAUGGUGCAGGGUCGUGCGUCAACUGGCGCACGUGUGCCGUGCUGACCGAGCAAUAUAUCUUGGGCGACGGCACCAGCAGCACUGAUCGUGCGUGUGCUGCUUUGACGCCGUGUACACCGUCUCAGUUUGAACAGCAACCGCCGACCCGGUUUCAUGAUCGUGUGUGUGCAAACAUAUCUGCACCCUGUGACGUCGGCAGCACCGAGUAUGAGGCUGCGCAAUCCACUGCCACCAGCGACCGCGUUUGUCGCCCAAUCCGCCAUUGCAACGUUACGCAAUUCGAACUGGCAUCGCCAGCCUCCACUUCAAACAGGCAAUGUCAGGCUUGCAGGGCGUGUGCAGGGGAUGAAGUCGAAGUUCGACCAUGUACAUUGACACAAGACCGCGCAUGUGAAGAGCUGCGCAUUGUGCUGCUUCGACCGGACAACGGAUCCACAAUUCCGUCCAACCGCUUUGUCGUGGAAGCAAAUGCAAACGGCCAAUUCGUGCCCCCUGUAGGACAGCUGCAGCCAUCGCUGCCGCCAAACACCAGCAUUGUAUUCGUGCAACCUGCCAUGUCAACCACCAACAGCAUCUCCAUCGCGUUCCCAUCGGCCGACCAGACCAUCGCGUACGCCGUCAUGCGCGAUGGAGUGCCAGUGGUGCAACGCACCGUCAUCAUCGUCGUCGUGGACACCACGCCACCUUUCUUCGUGUUCAUGCCGCCCGCGCUGGUGCUGGAGGCCGCCACCCUCCCUCGUCCGGCCACUCUCGUGUCAAACAUUGCUGUUCACGACGCGGUUGAUGGCGACAUCACCCCACUGCCCACGGCGAUACGCGUGGACACCUCCGGCGUGGUGCUGGACGAGCCUGGCCAGUACUCUGCUCUGUACUGGUCGGAUGUGACCGAUGCAGCAGGCAACGCCCUCCCACCAACACCGCGCACUGUCAUCGUCGCCGACACAAUGCCGCCAGUCCUCGCUGCUGUGUUCGCUGGUGUACCAUUUGCGUGGAACACGACGGUGAUGCACGAGGGGGCAACCCCGUUUCCAUAUCCGACUGUCACUGCCACCGACGCUCUCGAUGGCGCCAUCCCACCAGCCAGCAUUAACCGCACAGACACUCCAGUGGCUGUGGCUGCUGCUGGCCCCGCCGGUGCGAGUGUUCGCGUCAGCUACAGCGUUCGCGAUGCUGCCGGCAACACUGCCGUCGAAGGCUUUACUGUCAUCAUCGUCGACACGACACCGCCCGUGAUCGAGACGCCACGGACUGGUCAACGCGUGCAUGUGCUGUUUGGCAGCGACGCGGUACGGCGUGUGCGCGUGGACAUCCGUGCCGUUGAUGCUGUGGACGGUGACGUGUCGUCACUCGCCGUCGUUGUGCUGCCGACCUCGCCUCCCAUCGACACACACGUGCCCGGUGCGCAUCCGGUUCGCAUACGCGCACGCGACAACAGCGGGAACACGCAAGCUGUUGGCAUCACGCUUGUGAUUGAUCCGCUGGUGCCUCCGGCGAGGAAGCGGCGGGUGCUGGUGGUGGCGGUGGAGACGCGUCCACGCGCGCCAUUGCAGAUGUUGGAGCGUGAGUUGGAGCAGACGUUGGACCUCAACGCCAACACCGCCGUCAUCCUUUCAGCCACAGAUCCCGCCACCACCGCCGCCAGCAGCGACAUCAGUGACGCAAGCAUCAACAGCAGCGGUAAGACUGGCUUAUCUGCGGGAUCGGUGCUCUUUGAAGUUGGCGUUCGCAUGAAUGCAAUGUCGGCGGCAUGGCGGGAUUUGCAGUUCCUUCGAGACCGCCUGCGCAACCUCCACACCCUCAACGGCACACGUGUGCUCUUCAGCCGCGUGGGAAACAUGACCACUUACCCGUCCCAGCCACCCUCCUCAUCAUCGUCAUCGUCGUCGUCACAGUCUGCUGCGGUGAUUGCUGGCACAGCGGGAGCUUUGGCCUUCGUUUGCAUCGUGACCACUGUUGUUAUCGGUCUUCGUCGACGCAUGGCAGGUGCCAAAUCAACGGUGCACACAUUGCCCCCAUCACCAACAGCAGCAGCGACGACCACUACACCAACAGCAGCGGAAGGGGUGGUGGGAUCGAGCGUUUGCCGUUUGGAGCGAAACCCGGCGUAUGAAGAGUCGUCCAUCACCAUGAACUUCAAUCCGCUGUACAUGCCAACACACGUGAUGGGACAAGAAGCCAUGAUCGAUGAAUCAAGCUCAGAUGCAGAACCACACUACAACACGCUUCGAUUACCCACUCGCACGCACACCGCGAAGACCAACAGCGUCCAAUAUGACACACUCGGUGCCAGUCGCACCACCGCCGCGAACUGCGCUGAUGACGACGAGGAUGGAAACUAUAUCGAGGUUUCACAGGGAGUUGAAGGCGACGACGAAGCAGAGGAAGUCGUGGGCUUCGCAAUACCCGGCACUGCCGAUGUGAACCAAGAGCAGCCGGUGUACACGGAUAUGACACCUGCGUCGCUGUCUGGGCUGGACGCUGCUGGCGAAUAUGUUGUUCCAGCGCGCGGAGACACAGAAGAGACGGUUUAUUCCACUGCACAUACAUCAACAGCUACUUCCGCUGAUAUCUCUGGCGUGUGCAUCCUCGACAACACGGCCCGCUACCAUGCGACAAAACACGAUGGAGGCCGUCAAACGCUUCAACGGUGAAUGCAGUGAUCUGGCCAACUGUCACGCACUACACCGCCAACAAUGUCAAUCCCAUUGUUACAGCUCUUGUCGUUUAUGAAGGUUGUUGACACGGGUCGGCUUGUCUCAGCUACGUGCUCCCCACUCCCAAAAAUGAACGUGUCAAGCCAA